AAAGAAGCCACUGUUGUCACCGAUAAGCAUGUCAGCGUCAAGGUUUUAGCAGCGCCCGCGGCGGAACCCAACGGCGAUUAAUUUAAUUAAUUUUUUAUUUUUUAUUUUUUGGGUAUUGUUUGAGGGUUCACUUCAGCCAUAGAGGGAACUGGAGAGAAAGAGAAAUGCAUGGGCUCUUGGUGUUUGGGAAUAUGGGUUUUAUUGUCAACAGCUUCCGGCGACGUGUUUGGUUGCACCGUGGAUAUGCUUCUUCUCAUGGCCUCGCCCUCGACCCUUCAUUUUCUAUCCAUCCAAACACUCCCCUAUUUUCAAGGGAUCUCGAGUCACCUGUUUAUCCAGGAACUGCAACUAAAUGCAGAGAACUGAUCCUGCAACCAAAACCAGAACUGCUUAGUCCAAAUGCCUAUUAUGUUCAUAAUAUGCUUGAACUUAACUCUGAACUGAAGCAACUAGUGAAACAGGGCCAACUUUGUGAUGCUAGGGAUAUGUUUGAUAAAAUGGCUCACAGAGAUGAGGUUUCAUGGACCACAUUAAUAGCGGGUUAUGUCAAGGCCUCGGACUUGAAUGAAGCAUUGAUCUUGUUCUCAGAUUUUUGGGUCCAGCCAGGACUUCAGAAGGAUCAAUUCAUUAUUAGUGUUGCACUCAAGGCUUGUGCACUUGGCAUGAAUAUAUCUUUUGGAGAAUUAUUGCAUGGAUUUUCAGUGAAAUCUAGUUUGAUAAACUCAGUAUAUGUCAGCAGUGCCUUAGUAGACAUGUACAUGAAAGUAGGCAAAAUAGAACAAGGUUGCAGAGUCUUUGAAAACAUGACAACAAGAAAUGUGGUAUCUUGGACUUCCAUUAUUGCGGGGCUUGUCCAUGCUGGUUUCAGUAUGGAGGGAUUAUUGUACUUUUCUGAAAUGUGGAGAUCAAAAGUGGGCUAUGAUUCACAUACAUUUGCUAUUGCUUUAAAAGCAUCUGCUGAUUCAUAUUCAUUACAUUAUGGGAAAGCUAUACACACUCAAACAAUAAAACAAGGGUUCAAUGAGAGCUCAUUUGUCAUUAAUACUCUUGCUAGCAUGUAUAAUAAAUGUGGGAAACCCAACUACGGCAUGCGAUUGUUUGAAGAAAUGAGGAUGCCAGAUGUAGUUUCAUGGACAACCCUUAUUACGACUUAUGUACAGAUGGGUGAAGAAGAACAUGCUGUGGAAGCAUUUAAAAGAAUGAGAAAAUCAGAUGUCAGUCCCAAUAAAUAUACUUUUGCAGCCAUAAUUUCUGCCUGUGCAAAUCUUGCUAUUACUGAAUGGGGGAAACAGAUGCACGGCCAUGUAUUGUGUCUAGGUCUGGUAGAUUCCUUGUCAGUGGCAAAUUCCAUUAUUACAUUUUAUUCAAAAUGUGGUCUUUUAACUUCAGCUUCAGUAGUAUUUCAUGGUAUGACUAGAAAAGAUAUUAUUUCUUGGAGCACUAUAAUUGCUGUUUACACUCAAGGAGGUUAUGCAAAAGAAGCUUUCAACUAUCUAUCAUUGAUGAGAAGGGAAGGGCCGAAACCAAAUGAAUUUGCAAUUGCUAGCAUGCUGAGUGUUUGCGGAAGCAUGGCACUUCUUGAGCAAGGGAAGCAGGUGCAUGCUCAUGUCCUCUGCAUUGGCUUGGAUCAUGAAGCAAUGGUUCAUAGUGCUCUAAUUUGUAUGUAUUCAAAAUGUGGGAGUCUACAAGAAGCUUCAAAAAUCUUUGAUGCGAUAAAAAAUAAUGACAUUAUAUCAUGGACAACCAUGAUUAAUGGGUAUGCCGAACAUGGUUAUAGCCAAGAGGCCAUUAGUUUGUUUGAGAAGAUUUCCAGUAUUGGCUUAAUGCCAGACUAUGUAACUUUCAUUGGGGUUCUGAUAGCUUGUAGCCACGCUGGAUUGAUUGAUCUUGGUUUCUACUACUUUAUGUUAAUGACUAAUGAGUAUCGGAUCAGUCCUUCAAAAGAGCACUAUGGUUGUAUGAUUGAUCUUCUAUGCAGAGCAGGGCGAUUGAGUGAAGCUGAGCAUAUGAUACGAAACAUGCCAUUCCAGAGUGAUGAUGUUGUGUGGUCUACCUUACUCAGAGCAUGUAGGGUUCAUGGGGAUGUUGACCGUGGAAGAUGGGCAGCAGAACAGAUACUUCGCAUGGAUCCAAAUUCUGCUGGAACUCACAUCACCCUGGCUAACAUAUAUGCUGCCAAGGGGAGAUGGAAGGAAGCUGCACAUAUAAGGAAGCUAUUGAAAUCAAAGGGAGUAAUAAAGGAGCCAGGAUGGUCUUGGAUUAAUGUCAGUGCUCAAUUAAAUGCAUUUGUUGCUGGGGAUCAGUCUCAUCCUCAAAGUGAACAUAUAACAUCCAUUCUGGAAUUACUAAGUGCAAGUAUAGGAGAUGCUAGGCUGGAAAUAACAGAAGAUGUUAACGAUUAGCAGAAGGCUUAUCUCUACCUCAUUAUGUCAGUGGUUUGAUCAUUCUACAAGGACGAGCCUUGGAGCAGUGGUAUAGUUGACUCCUUUGUUACCAAAAAGUCACUGAUUUGAGUCUAGGAAAUAUCUAUUUGCAAAAAUGCAAGGGUAAUAUGCAUGAAUCUGUCAACUACUGAUUGUUUUAGCUGACUAUACAGAAUUGUCAUGCAAAUGCAAUUACUUUUUUUGUAGUGUCGUUAUCUGUAUAGCUUCUCCAACUCUGGAAGGAUUUUCUUGUAUGGAGCUGUUCAGUAUGAAUUGUACAGAUGGGUAUAAUGUGGAGAUGGCUGAUCAAUGGGCUAAAGACACUGCUUUGUGAGAUCACUCUUGGUCUCUGAAUAUAGCCACAACCCAUAUUGAGCUAUGCUGGAAUGUUCUUGCUAUGUCAAUGUAACUCUACAAAGAGGGAGUAGAUGUCACAACCAAAAGACAGGUAAUGGGAUACUAUACUUACAGAUUACUAAUGCCUGCCUAAAUAUUAGUGGAUGUGGAAUAUCUUUAGAUAUCUUUGUAUUUUAGGAAUCAUACCGGACCUUUUUAUUCUCAAGGAUCAAUUAGGAUCUCUUUUGAUUAUUUCAUUAAUUAGGGUAAAUGUAUGUAAUUAAUUAGUUUCCAGAUUUUCUUUUCUGAGUUUUGUG